CUGGACGAAGCUACGCGUUUGCGCCAAACGUUGUACCGUUGUAUACACCUUCGCCUUCGAUUUCAGUCCUUGUUUUUUGUGCCUUGCUAAAAGUUUCCUCAAAGUGCGCUACGAAACCAGAACCGAAAGUAACUUGAAGGAGAAAGGUGUGUGGGCGCGCUCUGCCGGGGCUUCGUGUAUUGAGAUAAGCUAGAUGGGCAAAUGGUUCCUCGGCAUUGUUUUCGAGUACUGUGCGAGCGACCUGGUUAUCUCGAUUCCCCCGUGACCGACGCAAAAAUCGAUAAAGAAGCUGCUCUUGGAGCGCUCCGAGUCUGGACCGCGAGUUGUUGGUCGCUUUUCGCUACGCCAGCUACGCACGCGCCCGGCUCUUUCUCUCUCGCUCUUCAAAAAAGACCGAAAAAGACUCCGUCUCUCCAUCCAAUGCUGCACUCACUCACCAGUUGAUAGGGGGACUGCUGCCGGCGGUAGGUCUUCUCCGUAUGGAUCACGUUUAACUGUUUAAUUGGCAUUAUUAGCGUAGCCGGCUCGUGCUCGGAGGACUCUGUUCACAGAACGCCUACCGGACGGGAAAAAGAAGGAUGGCUUUACUCGACAAAGAAGACGGAACGAACGAGUCCCUGCUCUCUCGGAAACGCCGAUCUUUCAAAAGUCUUUACGAUGCAGUUCAAACUCGUCAUGUUCUGGCGCUCAUGGGAUUCCUCGGAUUUGUGAACGUCUACGCCUUACGCGUGAACCUAAGCGUGGCACUCGUGGCCAUGGUCAAUCACACCGCCAUCUCAACAAACCACACUCCCACGUAUGCCCAAGAGUGUCGCCCGGACGGCUUCAACGAGACCACCGAGAAGCUGCAAGACGGUACAUUCAUCUGGAACGAGUACCAGCAGGGAAUCGCCCUGGGAGCAUUCUUCUAUGGCUACGUGCUCACCCAAAUCCCGGGUGGGCGCCUGGCGGAGCGCAUUGGUGCCAAGUGGCUCUACGGAGUUGGGGUCUUGAUUACUGCGCUGCUUACGCUGCUGACUCCCGUGGCUGCCAUGUGGAGCUUCUACGCCUUCGUGGCGCUCCGAGUCAUGAUGGGGCUGGGAGAGGGCGUGACCUUCCCGGCGAUGCACGCCAUGAUAGCUCGGUGGCUUCCGAAGGACGAGCGAAGCUUCCUGUCGACAGUCAUCUACUCGGGAGGUCAGAUAGGCACCGUCAUCGCCAUGCCCAUCUCGGGCAUCCUCUGCGACUCCACUUUCCUUGGCGGCUGGCCCGCCGCCUUCUAUGUUUUCGGACUCAUUGGCAUAGUGUGGUUUGUGUUCUGGGCCCUCCUGGUGUACAAUAGCCCCCAGGAGCACCCCAGGAUCAGCGAUGAGGAGCGCAUCUACAUCGAGACCAACCAGGGGGAGGAACAGGCCAGGGAGAAACUGCCGAUUCCCUGGCGAGCGGUGCUGACCUCCCUGCCCUUCUGGGCGCUCAUGCUGACCCAUUUCGGUCAGAACUGGGGCUUCUACACUCUGCUCACUGAACUACCCAGCUACCUCAAGAACAUCCUCCACUUUGACAUUAAGCAGAACGGCUACGUCUCGGCGCUCCCUUACCUGCUGGGCACUGUGACGAGUUGGAGCGCCGGUAUCCUCGCCGACCACAUUCGCCGAAGGGACCUCUUCUCGACCAGCAUCAUACGCAAGUUCUUCAACUCCGUCUCGUUUUUCGGGACGGCUGUCUGCCUGUUUGCGGUGACCUUUGUGGGCUGCAACUACAUCCUCAGUGUGGCCUUCCUCACGGUGGGGAUGGGCCUGAACGCCUUCGCCUUCUCCGGGUACAUGGUCACCCACGUCGACAUGUCUCCGGACUUCGCAGGUACUUUGAUGGGAAUGACCAAUGCUUUUGCCAACUUGGCGGGAUUCCUGGCUCCCCUGGCUGUGGGAAGCUUGACCAACAACAACGAGACCAUCACCCAGUGGAGCAUAGUGUUCUACAUCGCCUCAGGGACGUACAUCAUCACGGGCGCCAUCUUCGUGCUGUUCGGAUCGGCGGAGCUUCAACCCUGGGGUCUGUAUGCACAGACGCGCGGCACAAACUUCGCGGGAGCGCUCGGAACUCUCGGAGCGGACCCCUCCGGAACCGUGCCUUAUCAGGCGACUGACGACGGCACUCCUGAAAGUCCCAAGUCCGACGAUGCAUUCCCCACGGAAGCAUAUUGAUUGGCCUGCACUUUGAUCGGCCGACACUUCGGUCUGCAACAUUAGCUCUUGCCGACGUCUAAUCGCAGCUAGGUGGCGCGCGGCGUGCCCAACAGUUUUGAUCAUGGCGUGUCAAAGGAUGACAGUCCGGUAUCUGGCCACCCUGCUCUGCUUUACCAGGUUUACAGGGUGCAGUCUGUGUUCCUGAGUGCUAUUCUGGUAUGUGUAUGAGCUGAAACCUUGCGCCACGUGUGAUUUGUUAUGUCAGCUAAAUAUCGCUCACCCCUAACAGGGGCUGUGACAGGUGUGGGGCACAAUAUCACAUGUAAUAUAUUCUACAAGUACACAUAAAAUAUGCGAUAGAAGGCAAAAAAAAAAAACAAGGCUCGAGGUAUACCUAAGCACUUAUGAGUUGUGAAUGCGAAAGCAUGCGUGCCGUUCUUCCGCUCCCGUGCUUCGUUUGCGGCGUAUUUGCGUCGACCGUGCGAACGCUGUCCCAGCUCUCCUCGCAGCUCUGACCUUGAACGCUUCGUGUUACAGGCGCGCUCGCGGCAUGGACGCGCAGCGUCAUGGGGCGGCGGGCGUUGAAACUGACAUGCGCAGCGGUCGGUGGGAGCCUCGUCGACACGCGCCAGCCAAUGGGACUGAAGACAAAAUUCAUCAGCUUUACUCCGCUCCUUUGGGAUUGGGGAAACUAGGUGUUGUUGUCUAGGCUUUUCGCGUGGUUUCAUAGCUGGGAGUAUAUCACACGUCUUCACUUGGAGAAAGGAUUUGAGGUGCCAUUUGGCGCGCUUCAGACUGAUGACGUCGGUUCGCUCCAUGAGACAGUAAAUGCUUUCGCAUUAAUAACCAGAACAAUACCACCCAUUAGGCCUUUUUUUGCUGAAAAAUUGUACGGAUUAUGGGUAUACCUUUUACAGGAUCAGAAUAUUGAGACGUAACUGACCGUGAAGACUAUAGUCUUCACUAAUUGUAACCGGCCAAUAAGACAACUUUAUUUGGAUCGCUUGUGCACCACUCAAACUUUUCACCUCCAGGUUUUCGAAGUAGGAAACUUGAAGUUACGAAGUGAUUGUACCUACUCAGGGUUCUCCCUAGGAAUUCUUUAGGGGUGGACAUAACCACCGUGCGGCGGGGUAGUUUGCUAUGCGGCUUGAUCUUGCUCGCUGACAGAACGCAGUUUGCGUGGGCUCUCUAACUUUGUAGCCCUGUGAAUGGCGCCAUGCCGCAGCGGUAAAACCAAAACCAAAUUGCCUUGGAAAAAACAAAAAAAAGGGGUGGGAAGGAAAUGCAGGAGCGAGCGAAGGGGCGAAGAUAAAACAAGCCACAGUGCGAGCAAGCAUUGAGCAGUCAAAGAAAAGUCCUCACGGCUUUCUGCUUUCCGCCACUCACCACCUGCGGAGAGAACUGCCGUGCGGUGCACUUUCCUCGCGUCUGUUUAUUUUAUUUUGUGUUUCUCUUUGACUGAGCACUCACCCUCCACACUGCCGGUGGCGCUUUGCGGCUCUACUCAUUUGUUUGAAAGAGUGGCGACACUUGCGAUAACAGGCGAUAGGGUGGCGGCGUGCAGGCCUGCUGAGUACAGCGGUCUGGAGCCAUAUGGUGCAGGCAAAAUCGCAUCGUCAUCCUGUGGCAUAAUCGAGCGGUGGGCGGUCAGUCUGAGCAAUGGCCGGUCAGUGGAAGUGGUGGGGAGCAAAGCCACUGCCGCCCACCCUGUACCUACUAUACAUUGAAUGUUACGAUGCAUGGAAACAGAGUGGUACCAGUAGCUAGCUUGUUAAUUUUUCCCUGUCUCACUAUAUUCAGGCGAUACUUCGUAGGUACAUCCAUGGACAAUCGUUGUCGUGCAUAGAUGUGCCGCCAUUUUCUUUCAAGAGCUGCAUCUGGCAUGUGUUUCGCGUAUUGUUCACACUCGGGCCGCUUGUUUGUUUGCAUCGCUGGGCAGAGUUCUGGAAAGAAGCGAUCAGUUUAGAGAAUUAAUUUUGGCAUGCAAGGUGGACGUUUUCCUUCACCCGCUCCUGCUUCGUAAAGUUUGCACUGGAAUAGCACUCGGAAGCAUAGUGAGCCAUGGUUGAAGUGGAAAAAAGAAUGUUCUAUAUUAUUUAUUUAUUUUUUUGCUAGUAUUUCCAUUCCAACGAGAUUAAACAUUGCAAAGCAGGGUGUAUGAUAACGCUGUGAAUCGGGACGGUUACCGUAACAUACCAAACAUCUGCCCAUUCCACAAUAAGCGCCCAUCCCUCAAUUUUGUAACAUUAAAAAAAGGAAGCAAAGGACUUAUCUUUACAUGCUGUUGACCCAGUUUUAUGUGAUUUGCUGCAAAUUUGUAAAAGGCGCUUGUUCAGGAUUUUAUGGUAGAUUGAAUUAAUGGUACUUUGUUUUCACUCACGUUGGGAGCUACGAAUUUCUGUCAAAGGUGUGGUGGUGCCCCUCAUUUUCAGGUUUGUCGCCAUACAUCAUGGAAUGCAACGCGCAUUAUCAAUGCAAUCGCAGCAAAACUGCCAUAGCAUCUUCUUCGCUAUACUUUUAAGCGCAGCGUAUCGUCACCAUUGCAGCUGCUGUUUUAACGGAGCUUUUUUUUCUCAGCCACUUUCUUAGUGCACUAGGUUUCCAUUUUUGUAUGCCAAGGCAAGAAACAAUGGCAUUCAUUUGUGGGAACAUGACUAUCAAUACUUCAAGCCAGGCACGUAGCCAGGGAGGGGGCCAAUGGGGCCCGGCCCCCCCCCCCCCCCCCUGAAAUUUUCUAUUUUGCUGGGACCUCCUCCUCCCUCUCCCCCUCAUACAGCAUUUUGUCAUGGGCGGGCCCCCCCGAAACAAAAUCCUGGCUACGUGCCUGCUUCAGGCCAACUGCUAACAACUCCAAAAAUUUAAAAGGACAGUACUUACAAUUUAGUGUGUAUAAAGUUGGAUGCUAGCUUCCAAAGAUGUUGAGUGUUUCUGAUAAAAUCUAGUUUUGCCCUAGAAAGGAAAAAGAAGUAUCUCGGAAUUCUUUUUGGGGCAAGAAAAUGUCUUGAAAGACUACUCGCACAAUUUAUUUUUCCUAAGCUGUUUAGUACUCCGUGCUUACAAGCAAAACUAUAUUGCAGCCAUUUUUAACGGAUGUGCUAAUACCCGUAACUAUUCUUUUUUAACAACAUUAUUACAAUGGUUUUAGAUGUCUCCUUUGGGUCAGUGCGCAAUAUUUAUUCUCAGGCCAAAGAUCUGCUCUUACAAAGAACAUUAAAUCUGCAAAUAAAAUCUUAGUUGUAGAAAACAUAUUGUGCCACAUGUAAGCGAAGACGAAUGUGCUAGUUAUUUAUUUCUCCUCAAGCGUUCGGUAAUCAGCUUUGGUUGGUGUUCAUCUUUUUAAUUAACCAUUGCUGAAUUUGACCAGUUUUAAGAAUGCAUUGUGAGGAUGUCUUGAAUUUCUAGUUAGUCAUCAAAAGCCUGGUAGUGGUCAAAACUUAGAAAUCUGUGUACACCUGAAUUUUUUUUUUUUUUUUUGUAUACACCUAUUUUAGAUUUGUGAUUUUGUAUGUACAAAUGACUAAGGCAAUCAUGUUAGAAACCUUGCAGUUGAUCUGCAAAACUUGUGCUGCUUAAGCUUCGUUACCUCGUGAAAGGUUGUCUCUUACUAGCACCUGCAGAAAACCUCAAAGGUAUACAACCACUUAAAAAUGCACAUUGUGUUGCAGGGAAAAGCGGGACAAGUUUGCAUUUUCUCGUAACUUUUCUCCAGCGUUCACUCUUUUAAAGGGAUACUGCAAUGAAAUUCCGGCACUUAUUUUUUGGUCUAUAUGUGUUGAAAGGAGCAGCAUCACAUCGGACACACCAAUAUCUUGUUAAAAAAGAUACAAAAAGGAAUUUUAAAACCAAUUAAAACGAUUAGCAGAGAGCACCUGGUGGAUGUCGCUAGCGCCUUGUUGUAAUGCCCGUCUAGGAACCUAGACACGUAGUGAUUAUAACUGUCUCGCCUCUGGCCACCACGAGAGAAAAGGGGAGGGCGGAACUCCUCUCUCCCCAAUAAUCUCUUUUGUGUGUCCCAGAAGUCGCUAUAGUCCCCCUACAAGAUUACAGAAGUAACUGUUUAUUUAACGGUCAACAAUGUGGGGUUGAGCGCCACAGAGACGCAACCCUGAUAACACGGGCGCAAUGGUGUAACAGUGGCGCCAUCUAGGUAGUGUGGCGAGAAAUACUUAAAUGAAAAAAUUUAAAUACUACAUACCCGUCACUCGAAAUUCGUACAGAAGCAGCCGCUUUGGUGGCUGGAACGACUACAACAUCCUCUAGACUUCAACCUGACCACAGUUUCGCUCGUCCCGAGACAAACUACUUCACGAUUGCGGGGGAUGUCACGUGCUCUCCGCUGGCUGCUCUCCAAGCGCUCGCAAGCGUGGUCCGUUUAUAAUGAAAAAUACGGCCACCAGGCUCAAAAUAUAAACGUGCGGUUGUCAUUUACGGAUAUUGUGGAUCAUAUUCAACCUAUUUUUGGACACGACAGGUAUAUUUCAAAAUUUGUUGAAGUAUCCCUUUAAAGUGGAAGAAGUGGACGACUUUGUGGGAAAAGCCUGUUCUGCUUUUCUGAACCUGCAACAGAGUAUAGCUCCUGCUUUUGUUUUAUAAUGUAAUUCGUUUUGUUUCUUAUUUAUUUUGUAGGUGCUAUAAAUAUCUAGGACAAUACCCAAUGUGAGAGCGUAACAAUCAAGAAUACUGCACGCGACACUCCCGAUUGUAGAGUUUCUUUGUUCUCAUUUGUUUCUUCUUCAUGAGGACAGAAGCUUUCAAAGUGCUUUUGCUUCACAUUGGGCUGUUUAUGUUGAUUUGUUUUAUUCAGUAGGCAACAGGGGCUCUGGAACCAGGGGGUUAGUGGGGGCAGGCGCCCCCACAGAUUCUAAACUAGUGGGGGCAUGCCCCCAUGCUUGAAGCUGUUCCGACAACACUCCCCCCCCCCCCCUCUCUUCUCCCCUCCCAACACCCAUGAGGCUGUUGCAUGUUGAAGCUGCAUUUCGUAGGGGACGAGACGCCACAGGCUAAUCUGACGCGAAAGAAAAGCCAUAUGCGGGAAGUGCCAACACCAGGUUAUACCGCGUUGGAGCCUCCGCUGCGCUGUGACUACCGCGUCGCCCCCACACAUCAGAUAUACUUCCGGAGCCCCUGGUAGGAGAUAUCAAACAUAUGUUACUUAUGCCGUGCAAUAGAUAGGUUUCAUCUCGGCGGUAGUACUUCUUUGUACAAGGCUAUGUGUGAAACAUGUUUGGUUAGAAUGAACAAAGAACAGCACUCUAAAGUAAUUCAGAACUGAAAAAAAAAAAAAAAUGUUCCAGAGCAAAGUUUUAAAUAAACAUGUACAGCACCUUACACUAUUUUUUACAAUUGUUGGCUACUAUUUUUUUUGUGUGCGUUAAUACAAAAAAUAGAUAUACUAAUAUAUAAUGGAACAUAUUGACCACUUCACGUGAAGUUGUGCAUAAAUGUUGUGUUACUUGUGUACAUAUGCAAAGUGCGCUAGAUAAUCUGAUGUCGUGCAAGUGAGCUCUAUGAUUGUUAUGGUUAGUGUUUUACUGUUAUACUGUUAUGCCUGAACUUGUAAGGUAUGCAUAUGAUUGAAUAUUUUGAGAUGAAUCCAAUUCCAAAUUGAAAACCCUGUGACUCCAUAGUCCUGACGACGAAAAAUUGAUCAAUACUCAAUUUAUGUUUAGGGUUUCAAACUUUUUGUGCUUUCUUUUUUUUUUGCCAUGAGCCAGUAUUUAUUGCCUGUUGACAAUGAAACCAUGACUUUCUGACUUCUUUCGGCCAAUGUGUGUUUUUUGUUUUUUGUUUUUAUUUUGUGUAAUACGCGGCUUUUGAGAGAACUGUGGUAAUUAAAUAAAUUAAAUUCCUCGGCAUUUGUUUUUGCAAACUUGCGAGACGUUUAGCUUGAGUGAUAAACACUCUCUUAAGCUGCGUGCUGCUAAAGUCGCAUAAUUGACACGUGCGCUUCGCAGUAACCUUCUUUGGAGCCACUACAUCUGCACUUCAUUCUUCAACUCUUUUGCGGGCGCCGCCAUUUCGGUGCCAAGUGCGACUGCCUGGACUCUAGAUAUGAUGUCACGUAGACUGUUUCGA